AUGUCUGGUUCGCGCGCUGGAGAGACGCAGGUGAAACUGCUAGAGGUGCGGGAACAGAUUCAGCAGCAGCUGUCACAGGCUAUGCGGGAUAGCAGUUUGUUCAACCCGCUGAUUUCGCCCGGUCCUGCGUCGAUCACGCUGUUGCAGGAGAAUAAUGGGUCCGAUUCUGCUGCGGGGGUGUCCCUGGACUCGGGGGAUGCAACGCCGCGGAUGGCGGGUUCUACAUUUGCCAGUGCGAGUGUCACGCCGCCCAGUGGUGAGACGCGGGACGCUGCUGGUGCGACAGAGUGUUGCAAGAGAGGGCUUGUCGCUGCGGCGGCACUGUCCCUAGCGGUGACAAGACCCCUGCCGCACAAGAGGAACUCAGUGGGGGGUGUUGGUGGUGCCACUGCAGUGGUGCCCAAGAGGUCGAACGAGCUGGCGUGUUGCUGCGGUAUCUCCGGUACGAUACACGCUCUCGAUAUGAGUGACCUUGUGCAGUGCAACCACUGCCACAGGUGGCAGCACAUCGCGUGCUACGGGCUGAAGAGCAAAUUGGAGAUUUUACCGAUCAAAUUUUACUGUAACGUGUGUCAACCGGGGCUUGCGGCAAAGAAUUAUAAAGUGGCCAAGAAACUGGGGGCAAAGAAACGUGGGAAAUCACUCGUGGGGACUGUACCCUUGGGCCAGACGGCUUUGCAAAGUCACUCUCCGAAACAACAACUCCACAGGUCAGACUCUGUCACUACAACUGUCUCGGACUCAAGGACUUCGUCUCCAAAGAACUUAAACUUACCUAUAUUCCAUCAAACACAACAAAUGCAAUCGCCGCAACGAAAACACAGCGGCGACCAUACACCGGCAGAGGAACUUGAUGAUAACAACGACUACGAGGACAAGUACGUCAAAAUGUUUAUUCAAGACCAUGCAGACGACGAUUGGGUUCUCCCGCUAAGGGAGAAACCACCCGUGGUACCACAAGAUGAAAUCUUGGAGACUCGAGGUGCACAGAGCGGUGUCUACGCGAAACGCGCGUUCAAGAGGGACGAGUUCAUCUCACAGAUCGCGGGUCUCGUUGACUUCCAAAAAAAAUACAUCGUUAACCCAGAUAACCAGUACCGUAUCUGGGGCACAGCACAGCCGAAAGUGUUCUUCCACCCUCAUUGGCCAGUGUGCAUCGACUCGCGGGGUUCCUCGUACGACGGUGUCGCGAUCAAUAAUAUCCGUCGCAGUUGCCAUCCGAACGUCAAGUUGCAGACCGUGAAAUUGCCCACGACAGAGACUCGCGUGGAUUUCAUGGUCACAGCGAUAGACGACAUAAACCCAGGUGACGAGUUGCUCAUCAACUGGGAGUGGGAUCUCCGGCACCCGAUCUGCCGCAGCACUCAACUCUGUAGAUGGGAACUCCGCGACAGAGUCCCUCAGCGACAUGGACACUUUCUGGCUUAUCCACUCCAUUAA